CACCUAGCCCCGCGAUUGGAGUUCACCUAGAAGCUUCUACUGCACGAAAAGCUUCACCUUCCAGUUGCUUCGGGCUGGAAUAAUAAGUGCAAGUGCGCUGCAUUCCAAUUGCUCCUGUAGCUGCAAACAGUUUUUACACCUGUACAGUAAUCUUACAUUUGUGCUCUUUCCCCAAUCUUAUUUUCCUACUCAGCAUUCAGCGUUCAGCAAACUUUCAGGCAAUCACGUUCUCUCCGGUCUUCAUCUCUUCCUAAAUUCUCGGACCAUCUCGAUAUUUGGUAUCACAUUCUCCCACUUACAACCUUACCGCUGUCAACGACACAGAUCCAAUCCGAUUACACAAGCCCACAAGCACAAAUAUGGCGACCUCAGAACAACCCAAGAAGCGUAGCUACGUCUUCUUCGACAUCACCAUCGGCACCAAACCUGCCGGUCGUAUCACCUUCGAGCUAUACGACGAUGUCGUGCCCAAAACCGCCGAGAACUUCCGCGCGCUAUGCACGGGUGAGAAGGGGCUCGGAAAGUCGGGCAAACCCCUUCACUACAAGGGUAGCACGUUCCAUCGUGUCAUUAAGCAAUUCAUGAUCCAGGGUGGUGACUUUACUGCUGGCGACGGAACCGGCGGCGAGAGCAUCUACGGCGAAAAGUUCGAGGACGAGAACUUUGAGCUCAAGCACGAGCGUCCUUUCCUGCUUAGCAUGGCUAACGCUGGACCUGGCACCAACGGCUCUCAAUUCUUUGUUACGACCGUCCCUACGCCGCAUCUUGAUGGGAAGCAUGUUGUCUUCGGUGAAGUCAAGUCGGGAAAGUCGAUAGUAAGGCAGAUCGAGAACCUGCGUACCAACAACGACAAGCCUGUGAAGGAUGCUAUCAUCACGGACUGUGGCGAGCUCUCAGGCGCCGCCGCACAGAUAUCCGACGUUAAGGCCCCGGAUGCCUACGGCGACCAGUACGAGGACUUCCCUGAAGACGAGGCCGACCAGCCACUCUCUGCGUCGCGUGUGCUCCAGAUAGCCAGUGACUGCAAAGACUUCGGCAACAAGGCUUUCAAGGCUGGCGAUGUGCUCGGCGGCCUCGAGAAGUACCAGAAGGGUCUGCGGUACUUAAAUGAGGAGCCCGAGGUUAAAGACGACGAGAAGGAUCUGCGCCAGAAGCUCGACGCUCUGCGCUUUACGCUCAACUGCAACUCAGCGCUGCUUAACCUUAAGCUCGAGGCCUGGGAUGACGCCCAGCGUGCCGCUACAGCUGCCCUCGCCGUCUCCGGCGUCUCCGACGCAGAGCGUGCCAAGGCGCUCUACCGCCAAGGUCUCGCGCUCGUCAAGUUAAGGGACGAGGACGCAGCCCUCGCAGCCCUAGAGCAGGCCAAGAAACUAGUUCCUAACGAUGCUGCCAUCACUAAGGAACUCGAGGCGGUUAAGAAGCAGGCCGCAGCUCGCUUGGCCAAGGAGAAGGCUGCGUACAAGAAGUUCUUCUCGUGAUACCGCUAGCUAACCUUCAAGAUGAUAGGAGGUAAUCAGGAGAGUCGUUCGCGAAGGUCAGGCAGGCUAGGCGCCGAAAGAAACAGUGAAUAGGGAGAAAAUGAGAGGAUCAUAACGUACGAGAUAAGACCUAAUUGAUGCACUUCGAUAAUUAAAUACUCGAUAAUCGUUUUUAACCCAACGCGGGACAAGGGGCUAGGAGUGAGCAAAGGACAAAAAGAAGAGCCAAAAAUGAUUACUCACCCAAAAGGUAUAAAGGAGAAGGGGAACUUAGUCAGGUGUCAGGUUGGACACUGAUCUCUUUCUGCCCGUUGGAGCCUGCAUGUUCAUAGACAAAGGAGCACGGCUGUUAGUCACCACCUAUCUUAUGUACUUGGCGGAGCAAAUGCAUACUUGAUACGCCUACAUAAGAUAGGGUUAGGUUCUAGAGAGUGUAGGGUACUUAUGAAUUAGAAACCUGAAUGAAUGAUAGAAUCCAUAAUAUCAUAUUAUCAAAUACCUAUCCUAAUCACGAUUCGAACCACAUAUUUGAGAAGUGUUCUAGUUCUUAUUCUAUCCGUUAACUCCC